AUGAGAAUUUCAAUCAUUGGAUUAGUGAUAUGUUUGGCCACAUGUUGUAAAUUAAGAAAUUAAAGUUCUUAAAAUAUGAAAAAGAGUUUUAAAAGUCGAAUUAUGGCAGGGCUUUAUUACUUUGGGUUGAAUUGCAUUAAAUGUCUAGAGGAUGUGUAAGAAAUUUAGUUGACUCAAUUAAUGAGCUUGUAAAUUAUUUAGAAGAGUGAUUAGAAUUCUUAGAUUCAAAUUUUUAACAUAGAACAAAUGAACACGAUGCUUUGUUAGUUUAAUUAAAUUAUAAGCUUAAAAUGAUGU